ACACAUAUUCAGGAUUUUUUUCAGGAAUAGCCGCCUUUGCAAUAUUGUUGAUAAUCGUCUUUCUGACCAACAUAGGCACUGGCAGCGGAAAAUCACAUAAUGCCUGUAAACAAAGUCGAAUGGUGGCAACACACUUAUUCCGAUCUAGAGACCAAUUGUUGUUAUUUUGUUCUUCGAUAUUUAGCGGUCUAGCAAAUGGAUUUGUUGGAGAUUUUACUAGUGCAUACAUUAGUUGUCCAUAUGGGAUACAAAAUGUAGGAUUUGUUAUGAUAACAUUAGGAGUGAGCCAGUCUAUAUUCAGUGUUGUAUAUGGAAAAAUAAAUCAAUACAUUGGUCAUAUCGCAAUAUUUACCUUUGGUUCAAUGACACAUGCAUCAUUUUAUAUAACAUUGUUGUUGUGGAAUCCAUUGCCGAAUCAGUCAUAUAUAGUACAUGUGCUGGCUGCUAUUGCGGGCAUAUCAGGAGCAGCAAUUGAACCAGUUAUAACAGCUCUUCAUAACCUUUAUUUUGCCGAGAAGAGGGACAUUGCUCUAUCCAGUUUUCGUCUUCUCAACUCCAUAGGAUGGGCAAUAUCCUUCGGAUACAGUAACUGGCUGUGCUCAAACGUUAAGAUGUACAUACUGAUUGGUUUAUUACUUAUGUCUUAAGCAACAGUAAUUUAUCUCGAUGUGAAUCAUAGACGGACGAGAGGAAAAGGUGAAAAACAAGCAACAAAGGAAAAGGAUGCAGUUACA